AUGGACCCCGAGCCUACUCUCCCUCUCGAGCGCUCCGUCUCGCAGCAUAGCGCAACGUCCAUGAGAAGCGGACGCUCACAUACCGUACGAGCCAAACGAUCAAAACUCAACUCCCAGCCCUCGAGCUCCGCGAGCUCCAUUGCCGCCUCCGAAGACAAGUCGCUGACGAGUUUCCCCUCCUUCUCCCCCGACUCACCAAGGGGCGAACACGCCUUUCCUCCGCCGCCACUGACACCUGAACCCGAAGCCCCUCCCACCGUACGCAAGAUCUCCGAUACCAGGCCCGGUCCCAUCUCUCUGCUGGGGAAUCUAACUGGCUCCUCUGCCGAACAAGCAGCUCGCGAUGCGCUACAUGGCGCCGUUGCGCUUGUCAGGCAGGUUGCGACCGACCUGGCACAGCGCGAUGCCCAAAUCGCCCAGCUGAGGAGGAAGGCCGACGAAAGGGAGAGGGCUUUGCGCAAGAUUAUACUGGAAUGCGGCUUAUCUAACCUAGACCUCGAGAAGAGAUUAAGAACUAUCGAAAUCGAGGUCAAGACCGAACGCCCCGGCAAUCGCCGCAACGAGAGCGGGCUUUCUGACCUCAUGAGCGAUGCCAUGCAGGACACUGUCAACGUCAACGUCUUUGGACAGACUGAUGGUAACGACGCCACGAUCCGCGCUAGCAACCUAGCUAUGCCCUCCGUUCCCGACGGAAGAGGGACCGCGAGAGGUUGGAAGGAUUAUCUUUGGGGCGGAACCAGCAGAAAGGGCAGCAUGCCUAGCAGCGUCAACGGCGACGACAUCGCGAGACCUUCAACUGUCGUGAGGGCGCAGUCCACUGCUGAUAGGCGGCCCGGUCUUCAGGACGAUCUCUUCAGCCCACCCAGCGAGGGUGUGCCGCCUGAGAGCGUGCCACCAAGAACCCCCAGUCGAGCGUCUAGCAUUCAGUCUGGACCUCCUGGUUCGCGCAAAGCCUCAACUUCGGUCGCAGCUAGCCUCAUGAGACUCGUGGCCGGAGGCGCAAUCAACACGCGCGAGGGCGGCCCCAAUCGCGGGAGGUCUAAUAGUGCUACCCAACCGCAGUCGCAGUCGACCCCGCGAGCGUCCUCAACCUCCAGCGCCAAAACCACACAGUCAAGCAGAGCGGUCUCGACGGCGGGCGGACCCAAGGCUCUCAUGGCCAUGCGCAGAACCACGGGCACAGCGAACGCUCCUCCCGUCAAUACCACCGCCAGGACUCAGCCGCAAGAGAGAUGGGACACCAUGGUGAACAGUCCGACGAAUGCGACCUCGAACCGACAGGAGAGUUACGGCCCCGUCGAGAUGGAUGCAAUCCUCCCACCCGAGACCCAGCCGCCAACCUUGACGCAUAUCUACAACAACUACAUCGGAAGCGAGUAUCUCACCGACCGCUUCGGCUUCAUCUACGAUCAACGGAGGAAGAAGAGGCAGCGCGAAUCUGCGCAGAUGGCACGUCACUUUAAGCAGGGCGGACGUGCCGAGAUGCUGUCAAACGCCCGGUCAGACUUGACUUCGCCAAUGAUUGAAGAGGAAGAGGAGGUGCUUGCAAGUCCCGGCAGCGAAGAACGACCUGGCAGUCCAUCGUCCACGGAGGAACGCGCUGGUGAGGGGAAGCCUAAAAAAUGGCAAGAUUACCUCAAGCUGGCAACAUUCCCAACGGAGCUUUUGUCUCAUACCCCUUCACUCGGCGCACCAUCUCUUGAGGUAUUGGAGGGUGGAGAACUGGGUCUCAAGUCACCUGGACUCAUUGCGGCUGACGAGCGAGGAUUUGUCCCGAUUGCGAGCACAACAACAUCCGUCAUCGACAGCGAGGCGACACCCCCGGUCGAGACUGAUGCCGCUGCAGGAACGGUUGUCAGGGACGACACGGAACCUGUGAAGCUCCUUCUCCAGCACAUGGGCGAGUUGCACGAUUCCUUGCAAAGAGACAAGGCGGCCCGUUGGAACGAAUUCCUGCGUAAACGACCGGCCAUGACCAUCCCCGAAGCUGCCAUAGCCGAUGGCGAGCUGAUUGGAAUCACUGGCCUCGGAAACAAAGGCAAGGUUGGGCGCGCCAAGAGGUCGGAGUUGAGGAACUUGGUCCUCGGUGGCAUCCCAGUCAACUUGCGCGCGAAAGUCUGGUCAGAGUGCUCUGGCGCCACCACGCUUCGUGUUCCCGGAUACUAUCAAGAUAUCAUCGCUCGACCGGACGAAGAUGAUGACCCGCUGGCAGUGUCCCAGAUCGAUAUGGACAUCAACCGUACUCUGACUGACAACAUCUUCUUCCGCAAGGGGCCGGGCGUGUCCAAGCUCAAGGAGGUGCUGAAAGCCUACGCCCGCCGAAACCCAGAGGUCGGCUACUGCCAGGGCAUGAAUCUCAUCGCGGCUAAUCUACUGUUGAUAAUGCCAUCAGCAGAGGACGCGUUCUGGAUUCUGACCAGUAUCAUUGAAAACAUCCUGCCUUCCGGAUACUACGACCACAGCCUCCUUGCGUCUCGCGCAGACCAGCAGGUGUUGCGCCAGUAUGUCGUGGAUGUGCUACCCAAGCUGUCGCAACACCUGGACGACCUCAGUAUCGAACUCGAAGCACUCACCUUCCAGUGGUUCCUCAGCGUAUUUACCGACUGCCUUUGCGCCGAGGCUUUGUUCCGGGUCUGGGACGUGGUGCUUUGCAUGAAUGACGGGAGCACUUUUCUGUUCCAGGUGGCAUUGGCGCUGCUGAAGCUGAAUGACGGGAGCACUUUUCUGUUCCAGGUGGCAUUGGCGCUGCUGAAGCUGAAUGAGACGCAGCUCCUGCAGUGCGACACGCCAGCGAGCGUGUACACGUAUAUCAACCGCCAGAUGACCAACCACGCCAUCAGUAUCGAUAACAUGAUCAAGGCUUCUGAUGCUCUGAGGAAGCUGGUGAAGCGCGAGGACGUGGAGGCGCGUCGCGACAAGGCGAUCCAGGCGGAGAAGGAUGUUGUGAGGCAGAGAAACGAGAUGAACGCGGCCAAGAAGGCGAACAAGGCGAACGGGAAUGGGAACGGCGUCGGCACUGGACAAGAGGAGAAUGGGGCAGCUGAGCCGGAUUUGGAUGUCCGCGAGCCCAUGCCGAUUGAGCAAGACGUGCAGACGUGA